AUAUAUAAAAGGUAGGUGGAGGAAAACUCAAAAGACAGUAAGGGAGAGAGACGGUUUGUGUAUUUGUGCAUCACCUCAAAAAUCCAAAUCGGGGGAAAUUUGGGUAUUCUCCUGUAAUCUAGGGUUCUUCCUUCCCAUUUACCUCCCCUUUUUCGCUUUCCGAUCCUUAGGAAUUGAGUAGUGGAUCAUGACGAUUCCAGAUUCGGGAUACAUGAUGGAAAAUGGAUCUAUUGAAUUGCCGUGCACGCCCGAAGAAGAGGCUAGGAUCAUUCAGGAGCUUACCCGCAAAGCUGAAUCCAAUUUGCGAGAAGGCAAUACCUAUUAUGUUAUUUCUAACAGGUGGUUCAUGGAUUGGCAGAGGUACGUUGGCCAGCCACUGGGUGCUUAUCCCUUUAACGAGGACGCUACUCAAUCUCAGCCUUCUCUAUUGCCAAACACAGCUAGUAGACCUGGACCAAUCGAUAAUAGUGAUAUAAUAAUUAGGGAAAUUGAUGGCGAGAGUGAUGAUCCCCAGCUUAUCAUAACUUUGGAAGAAGGGCGUGAUUAUGUGUUGGUCGCACAAGAAGUAUGGGAGAGGCUCUCUGAAUGGUACAAGGGAGGACCAGCAUUGCCUCGAAAGAUGAUUUCUAUGGGAGAUGCCAAGCAACUUAGCGUGGAAGUGUUCCCAUUGUGUCUCAAUUUACACGAUACUAGAGAUAGAAGUCACAAGGUUAUAAGGUUAAGUAAAAAGGCAUCUUUACAUGAACUUUAUAGCAUAGUGUGUAGGCUCAAAGGAAUAGCGCCAGAAAAGGCACGCAUCUGGGAUUAUUUUAAUAAAAGGAAGCAUACAGUAUUAGUUGCUUCAGACCAAACACUUGAGGACUCCAACUUGCAGAUGGAUCAAGAUAUUCUCCUGGAGGUGCAAGCUGAAGGAUUGCUGCUUUCUGGUUUUGGCUUCGAUUCAACUGGAAACGACUUGGCAUUGGUUCCAAUUGAACCACUGAGGUCAUCUGUCACAAUCGCUGGUGGUCCGACUUUGUCCAAUGGUUUUUCUGCUGGAUAUAGCUCUAAUGCUUAUCAAGGGAGUUCUUUGAGCUCCACUUAUGGUGACAUGGAGGAUGGAUAUGAUAGUAUGAGACCUGCAAGUAGAGGCGAAAAGGGAGGGUUGGCAGGACUGCAGAAUUUGGGCAACACAUGCUUCAUGAAUAGUGCAAUUCAAUGUCUGGUUCAUACCCCUCCACUUGUUGAGUACUUCUUGCAGGAUUACACUGAUGAGAUCAACAAGCAGAACCCUUUGGGGAUGCAUGGUGAACUUGCAUUUGCAUUUGGUGAACUAUUGAGGAAACUUUGGUCCUCCGGCCGGGCACCUGUUGCGCCACGUGCAUUCAAAGGAAAACUUGGUCGAUUUGCUCCCCAGUUUAGUGGAUAUAACCAGCAUGAUUCUCAGGAACUACUUGCUUUCCUCUUGGAUGGAUUACAUGAAGAUCUUAAUCGUGUUAAGCAAAAACCGUACUUUGAGACAAAAGACUCAGAUGGUCGUCCAGAUGAAGAAGUUGCUGACGAGCUUUGGAGAUAUCACAGAGCCAGAAAUGACUCUGUUAUAGUUGACACUUGUCAGGGUCAAUAUAAGUCUACUCUGGUUUGUCCGGUCUGCAACAAAAUCUCAAUAACAUUUGACCCCUUCAUGUAUUUGUCUUUACCACUUCCUUCAACAGUGACAAGGACAAUGACAGUAACAGUGUUUUAUAGUGAUGGCAGUGGCCUUCCAAUGCCAUAUACUGUUACUGUUUUGAAACAUGGUUACAUUAAGGAUCUUAUACAGGCUUUAGAAAGUGCAUGCUGCUUAAGGACUGAUGAAUACCUGCUACUUGCAGAGGUCUAUGAGCAUCGGAUAUUUCGAUACUUUGAGAACCCUACAGAUAUGUUGAAUUCAAUCAAGGAUGAUGAACAUAUUGUUGCAUAUAGACUCCCGAAAAACGUGGCCCUAUUAACAAGAUUGGAGAUUAGUCAUAGGUACCAGGACAAAUGUAUCAUAGACAGUUCGAAGGCUAGUGAGAGGAAGUUGUUCUUGACACCGCUUGUCACUUUCUUGGAAGACCCGCGUAAUGGAAUCGAUAUUGAUUUUUCUGUCGAUAAGGUGCUUUCUCCAUUGAGAAGAAAAACAUUCAUCUCACCAGAACCUGUUUUUAAGGAUGGUGCAGAAAAUGGUUCUCCCUCGGAAAUAAUUGAAGAACCAAUGAACAGCUGUACUAUUCAAUUUGGUCAUGAAGGCAGAUCAAUGGAGUACACAGAACCGGUGGAAAAUUCCAGCAGGGGGAUGGCAUUUCAUCUUUGUUUAACUGAUGAACAGGGCACCUGCUGCAGGCCAGUUGUAAAAGAUACGGUGAUACAACCAGCUAGAAUGCUAAAGGUGAUUUUGGAUUGGACUGAGAAGGAAUAUGAACUAUAUGAUGCCAGCUACCUCAAGGAUCUUCCUGAGGUUCACAAAAGUGGACUUACAGUGAAGAAAACCAAGCAAGAAGCUAUAUCCUUAUUUUCAUGCUUGGAGGCCUUCCUGAAGGAAGAACCUUUAGGACCAGAUGAUAUGUGGUAUUGUCCUGGCUGCAAGGAGCAUAGACAAGCCUCCAAGAAGUUAGAUUUAUGGAGAUUACCUGACAUACUUGUUUUCCACUUAAAGCGGUUCUCUUAUAGCCGAUGGCUGAAGAACAAGCUUGAUACCUUUGUGAAUUUUCCCAUACAUAAUUUGGAUUUAAGCAAGUAUGUGAAAUGUAAGGAUGCAACUGAGAGCUCACAUGUGUAUGAGCUAUACGCAAUAAGCAACCAUUAUGGCGGACUAGGUGGCGGGCAUUACACUGCUUACUGCAAGUUGAUCGAUGAUGAUAGAUGGUAUCAUUUUGAUGAUUCCCAUGUUUCAGCUGCCGCUGAAUCUGAUAUUAAAACUUCAGCUGCAUAUGUCUUGUUCUAUCGAAGAGUUAAAGUUCAACAAAAUGGAGUUGUAGGAGGGCCAUCCCAGUGCAAUAGAAGCUCUUGAAUACCAUGGGCCAUUUGCUCUUUUUAUCACAAUGAUAAGCUUUGGAUGCUUCCCUUUUUGCGGCAAAUACUGCUGAAUUCUUGGCUGGGAUCGCAUGGCUUGCUCGGAUGUCAGCUAACAUGGCUGAGCUUUAUCCAACCAGUUAGAAGCAGGUGAUAGUGUUGUAUUAGUAAGACUGGCACAUAGGGGAAAAUAGAAACUGGGUAGGCUCGAGCGUUGGCUGUCUGUUGAAAGUUAAAUUUUUUUUGCAGAAAAAUUUUGUAUCUUUUGGGUAUCAGCUGGUAUCCAAGUUAUUCUUAAGAGGCAUUAUACUCUUGUAGAGUAGUAUUGUUUUUGCCAUUCAUGACAAAAACUUAUAUGUAAGGGCAAAACCUUCCUUCAAUCUAAUGAUACAUCAGCGUUUUGUUUUUA